AGUUCUUGUUCGCUGUUCGUUUGCUGCUUAUGUUAAUGCACGUGGUGGAAUUGUCGGCUUCUUGUAUUUUGCAGUAUUGAAAUUGAAAAAACCUGACAAUAAAUAUGGCCAGCGACCUAGAGCAGAAAAUUAUUCAUCAACUCGAAUAUUAUUUCGGAGAUUUCAAUCUGAAUCGCGACAAAUUCUUGAAAGAAAAAAUCAAGGAGGAUGAAGGAGGAUGGGUCACCCUAGAAGUCCUGCUCACUUUCAAAAGACUGGCUGGUCUAUCAACUGAUCAAGAAGUAAUUGCUGCAGCAAUUGAGAAGUCUGAAAAUAAGUUGGUGGAAGUCAGUGAAGACCGUAAAAAAUUGAGAAGAAAUCCUGAGAAUCCAGUUCCAGAAUUCAAUGAUGACAAACGAAAAGAGAUUAUGGAAAGAACAGCCUAUGCUAAAGGAUUUCCACUUGAUGAGGAGCUCAAUGACAUCAUCGUUUUCCUAGAACCUCAUGGUCCUAUUGAGUCAUGCAAUCGGCGAUCCACCAAAGACCAUAAAUUCAAAGGAUCCUGUUUUAUAAUCUUCAAAGAUGUUGACACCUGCAAGAAAUUUGUGGAGGCAGAGAGCAUCAAGUACAAAGAAACAGAACUGAUAAGGAAGUUCCAAAAAACAUAUCUGGAUGACAAAAAAAAAGAAAUAGAAGAACGCAAGCAGGCCAAAAAAGAAAAGAAAGGCAAUGCUGAAGAGAAACCUGAACAGAAACAGUUGGAAUUCCCAAAGGGGGCCAUUGUACAUUUCACUGGCCUUGAGGAGGGCCAGAACAUCUCACGUGAAGAAAUCAAAGAAAAGAUCAAAGAAGUUUGUGAUAUUGAACCUGCUUACAUGGACUUCAAAAAGGGUGACUUAGAGGGAUAUAUUCGUUUUCCUGAAGAAAAUGAUGCUGGCAAAUUUCUUGAGAAAGUACCUGAAUCAGAACUGGUUAUUGACAAAUUGAAGCUAAAAUUGAGGUUAAUUGAAGGAGAAGAGGAACAGGAAUAUCAUAAGAAGAGUUCAGAUGCUAUCAUUGAGAUGAGGAAAAGACAAAAGACUAAUGGAAGGAACAAUAGGAAGCGUAGAGGCAACUUUGGAGGUCACCAUGGCAGAGAAUCUAAAUCAAGAAAAAGGGAUUAAACUAUUACUUACCUAUGUUAUAGACCAUUCCCUUAGGAAGGAGUCUUGAUUUUUAUUACCUAAUCUAAGAUGUUAUGUUGAAAUUGAGUUGAUUACCAUAGUUUUCAAUAUGGUUAUUAUUUUUUUAUAUCCUUAAUGUGUGUAGGUACUUAGAUGUUAAUUAUUAUAUGCACUGAAUGAAUAAAGAAUAUCCUUUGGACUGUG